AUGGACGAGACCAGCAAGCGCAAGCGACGCAACUCGACGGAGAUGGAGAACGACCCGAACAAGGUGGUGGAUAUGGAGGUGACGGCGUCGGCGAGUGCGUAUGUGGCGGCAUCGAGCACAGAGGUCGGCAAUGUCUUUGCCGUCGACGCCACAUCGCUGCCUGGUGUGCUGGCGGCGGUCGAGUCGGCAGCACAGAAGAACGCUAUCGAUCGCGCCGAGGCUGCCGGUCGCCCUGAGCUCUUUCUCGAGUCCGAGAUGGCGCUCGUGGCCUCGCUCGAGCGCCUCGGCACCAUCUCCACCAACGCCCAGCUCUUUCCGCUCGCUGUCUUGCGUGGCAUUGCCACUCUGCUGCCGCCGCUGUUGGCCCACGACAACACCGACGUCGCAAACGUUGUCGUCCGCAUUGUCGAGGAGAUUGCCGACCCAGACGGCGUGUCGGGCAAGGGCGAUGCGGCCGCAACGCUCUCGCUCAUUUCGGCGCUGGUGAACAAGGGCCAGCUGCUGCCGCUGGUGGUGAACCACCUCGCGCGACUGGCAGCCGAGCCCGGCGUUGUCCGUGGCAUGCCCAAAGACGUCAGCACGCCGCCCGGACGCACGCCAGACGCCGAGGACGCCGCCGAGAGUGCCUACCGCUGCAUGGCCGUUCUCGACCAUCUCAUCGGCUGGCAGCCGCUGGUGGCGGGCGCGCUGGCGAGCGUGACACCGCUGGUGGAGGUGCUUGGCAACUGGCUCCGCCCGCGGCGCGCUGUUGCAUUUGACGAGAACAAAAUGUACGCUGCCGAGCUGCUGGCGGUCGUGGCCGCGUCGGCCGCCGACCCGACAGUGGCUGCCGCCAACGCCGCCGGCGACGAUUGGCUCGACGGCAUCCUGGUCUCGCUCGCCGACUACAGGGCCGCUGCCCCAGGCUCGCUCGAUGCCGAGGAGGAGGAGUACGUUCACAACUGUCUCGAUGCGCUUUGCUCGCUCCUCAUGGCCUCGGUCGAGCUCAACGCUCGCUUUGUGGCGCUUGAGGGUGUCGAGCUACUCGCGGCACUGGUCGCCGGCAAGGGCGUCGCCCGCCCGGCCGCGCUCAAACUCCUCGACUUUGCGCUGACCGGCUCGCCGGCCGCAGCCUCGUCGCUGGUUGCUUCGGGCUCGCUCGGUAUGCUCUUUGGUGCUCUGCUCUCGACCAAGGCCGAGCGCGCGCCCGAACGCGAGGCCAAGGCCAAGGCCAAGGUCAAAUCCGCGCUCGCAGGCGCGUCCGACCAGGCCGAGGCCGACGCCAUCCAGGUUGCCGCCAAGGCUGCGGCGCGAAAGCGCAAGCUCGCCCUCAAGGCGUACGACGCCGAGGCCGAUGUCGAGCACGUUGUCUCGUGCCUCGCAGCCGCUCUUGUCUGGCUCGACGGCCUCGCCCUACUCCGCGUCGUUCACAAGUUCACCGAGGACGGCAAGGCUGGGCGGCUUGCCACGCUCCACGCCCGCUACGCCGAGCGCGCGGCCGCUGAGGACGCGCGCAUUGCCACCAUUGUCGCCCCGCUCGCUCCCGCCGCUCGCGCCGCUCUCGCCGACGACCUUUACAUCCAGCGCCUCGAUGCCGGCCUCUUCACGCUCCAGCGCAUCGCAGUGGUGGCCGGUCUGCUCCACCUUUACGCGCCACGGUUGAGCCCUGACGACGCCGCCACCCUCGUUGACGCCCUCAACCGCAACAGCCUCUCGCUUGCCCGCAUCCGCCCGAUCCUUGCCGAGUACCUUGAAGCUGCCGGCGGCGAAGCUGGCCGCGGUGGCAACGACGACGACGACGACGCCGCCGCGAUCGAUCUCGGCGCGCGGACCGUCCGUAAGGUCGCAGCCGUCAUGGCUCUGUAA